CCUUUAAUACUCACUUAAUCAAUUCAGUGAGACUCUAACUCCAAAACCUAUCUUCUUCUCCAACCCAACAUGGCUACAUCAAUCUCAAACAUACUCAUAGCCUUUCCCAAAACCGAAUCCACUUCCUUCUUCGGAUCCAAUUCCAACCACCUCAAAUCCCAACCACCAAACCUACAAACCCUAACACCAAAUAAACUCACCACAAGAUGCACCGCAACCCAACAAGUCAACACAAUCCCAAACCUUAUCAAAUCCAAAAACACAAAACUAACCUCAAAACUAACCGAACUACCAAUUGAAAAAGCAUGGCGAAAAAUCCACGGCGAAGAUGAUUGGGAAGGCCUUCUCGACCCAAUGGACCCCAUCAUCCGAUCCGAACUAAUCCGUUACGGCGAAUUAUCCCAAGCAUGCUAUGAUGCUUUCGAUUUUGAUCCAUAUUCAAAGUAUUGCGGCAGUUGCAAACACCAUCACGAAGAAUUUUUCCCAUCCUUAGAUCUUCCUCACAUAAAAUACAACGUAACACGCUACCUCUACGCCACGGCGAAUGUCAACGUCCCAGAUUUCUUCAAGAAAUCUCGCUGGCCAGAUAAAUACUGGUCCGAACACGCAAACUGGAUGGGUUACAUCGCGGUCGCAAGCGACGAAGAAACAAAACGGAUCGGUCGUAGAGACAUCGUCAUCGCAUGGCGAGGAACCGUUACGAAUGUGGAAUGGGUGGCAAAUCUUCAAAACUACCUUAAACCUAUUUACGAACACAUUCCUUGUCCCGACAAUGAUGUUAGAGCUGAGGCAGGUUUUCUCGAAAUGUACACAGAUAGACAAAGGAAAGACGGUUACUGUAAAUACUCAGCUAGAGAACAGGUUUUAGGCGAGAUGAGAAGGUUGUUAGAGAAAUAUUCUAACGAGGAAGUUAGUAUUACCGUAACCGGGCAUAGUUUAGGAAGUGCAAUGGCAACAUUAUGUGCUUAUGAUAUAGCGGAAACAAAGAUAAAUGUUAGGGAAGAUGGAACAAAGGUUCAUGUUUCGGUGUUUUCAUUUUCAGGGCCUAGGGUUGGGAAUAUAAAGUUUAAAUGGAGGUUGGAAAGGAGUUUAGGGGUUAAGGUUUUGAGGGUUCAUAAUAAGCAUGAUUUGGUGCCAAAGUCACCGGGGUUUUUGGUGAAUGAGAAAUCGCCGUGGUGGUUGUUGAAGAUGGCGGAGGAUGUUGAUAUUCCAUGGUGUUAUACUCAUGUGGGAGUUGAUUUGGAGUUGGACCAUAAGAUUUCGCCAUUUCUGAUACCGGAUGCAAACGCUGCAUGUGCUCAUAAUUUGGAGGCCCACUUGCAUUUACUCGAUGGAUACCAUGGGAAAAACCGUGAGUAUGAGGCAACAACUUAUAGAGACAUCGCAUUGGUGAAUAAGGGAUGUGACUUUGUUAAAGAUGAGUUCUCUGUGCCACCAAAGUGGAGGCAAGAAUUGAACAGGAAUAUGGUGAAGGCUGAAAAUGGAAAGUGGAUUCUGGCUCAACGACCACAAGUUGCUGAAACACCUAAUGAAGAUAUUGAUAUUGGCUCCUAUCUCACGCAGAUGGGCAUCAAUGUACCUAAUUAAUUAAAGCUAGUUCAUUCAAUGGAUCCAUGAUAUAUAGAGUACUAGUAAUAUCAUAUUGUAAUUUUGUGUGCACAAUUAAUGAAUAUUAUCUUUAGCUACUUGUGAUAUAAAAAUCACUAAUGCUAGCUAUAUGUGUCAUGGAGUGGAUUGAAUGCGAAUUUUAUCAGAAUGUUAUUUUUUAUAUAUUGUUUUAAAA